CUUUGUGCUCCGUGAACUUCUUUUGAAGUGUGACAUCUAAACUUUUGCAAAUCCACGCUUGUUUUUGUUCCCGAGGCUUAUAGAGAUUUUCGGGUUCGGAUUUUUAUAAAGUUCGAAAGGAACUUAUAAACAUCUGAGCCAUGGGGAAAAUAAUGAAAAUAGGGAAGGUUGUAUUGGUUCUAAAUGGACGAUAUGCAGGAAGAAAAGCCGUCGUUGUAAAGAAUAAUGAUGAGGGCACGUCUGACAAACCAUAUGGACAUGCUUUAAUUGCUGGAAUUGAUAGAUAUCCAAGAAAAGUUACCAGACGCAUGUCGAAGAAAAAGUUGAACAAGCGAAAUAAAAUCAAGCCUUUUGUUAAAGUUCUGAAUUAUAAUCAUCUCAUGCCAACAAGGUACAUGGUAGAUAUUCAAUUUGACAAAAGCAUAGUCAAUAAAGAAGUACUAAAAGAUCCAGCAAAGAGACGUAAGGCCAGACGAGAUGUUAAGGCAAAAUUUGAGGAAAGGUAUAAGACUGGCAAGAGCCGUUGGUUUUUCCAGAAGCUAAGAUUUUAAGCUGUAAUAUUCAAUUCCAUUAAAAUGUUUCUUUAUUGCGA